AUGCGCGUGCCGCUACCUUCGCUGGAGCGUCGCAGGUCAUAUAGCACUUUAACUAAAGUGAGAUCAUGGAUUAAUCAAGUGCUUGGAGAACGGUCAACCUUAUCAUCACCAUCAUCAAGAUGGAAAGGUGGACGUGGUUCUGCAGCAUUUAUCGGAGGUGUGUCACGAAGUCCUUUGACACUGGAUUCCGGGUCGAAAAGCACUAUAACUCAACCACAUGACAUCAAGCGUGUUGGUUAUUUUUCUGGUGUUGAACCAGUGGAUUCUGGAGAUGCUGAGAGCCUUAGUGGUCUGUUUGCAUAUGGUGAUGAUUACAGGAGUUCACGCAGUUAUUACGAAUCUGGCCCGUACAACACACCUGGAGUGCAGGUGAUGCCUGGUACGAAUGACUACACUACAUUCGUGUCACAUCACUAUCGCAUUCUAACGGGUGAUAUCGUAGAUUACUUGCGUCGAAAACGUAUCGAGUAUGUUGAGAGUCCCAUAAAGCUGACGCUGAAAUUUUGCCCCUUUUGUCCACCACACAAAUACAAAAGCGACAAUUUAUACAAGCACGAGAUUUUCAAGAACUCUGGUAACUCCUAUUGUCAUCGAUGUGGUUAUAAAGGCAGCUUAUAUGACUUUAAGGCUGCCAUGGGCGACCUUCCUGGUGGUAUGAUUGAGGAGGCGAUGAACCCAUCAUUCAGUGGUAACCCUUUCAGCUUACCCAGGAGCCCGGAGCCUGCAGUUACGAUGACUAACAUUAUUCAAUAUGAGAACAACCUUUUCGAAGUAGCUAAAUACAAGCCGGUUUUGGAUUACCUUACUGAAACCAGAGGUAUCACUGUGGAGACAUUGAAACGUUACCGUGUGGGUGCCGGUGAAUUUAGCUUUAAUUACGGAGUUGGUAAGGGUGAUACGGAGUUAUGUGUUGUAUUUCCAUGGCUGAUGGGUACAUCAACUGAGGGUAGUUCUCAACUUUUUGUGAAUCGUAUCAAGGUUCGUUCUAUCCAGGAUAAAUCACGUAUGAAACUUAUCCCUCGUGGAGGAUCUUGGGGUAUGUUUGGUGAGCACUUGUUAGCGUCGGAGUUUGAGAAGCCUGCUGGGGAACCUCGGUCAGUAGUACUUACUGAGGGUGAAUUCGACGCCAUGAUUGUUAACCAGACUACAGGCCGUGUUGCGAUAUCGCUCCCCAAUGGUUCAAAUUCGCUCCCUGUAGCUUUGCUUCCAAGGUUGGAGAAGUUGGAUCACAUUUACUUAUGGAUGGACUUUGACGCUGCUGGUCAAGGUGGUGUGGACCACUUUGCUAGCAAGUUGGGUAUCCAGCGUACACGUGUCAUACGUGAUAUAUCUGAUCGACCUAAAGGUUCCGCUGGGUGUCGUAUCCCGAAGGAUGCUAAUGAGGUUUUUUUGAGUGGUUUGAAUGUAUCUAGUUAUGUGGAUUCAGCGACUCCAAUGUCGCACUCCCAGAUUUUGAACUUUAGCGAUAUCCGUCAGAAUGUAUUCGAGGAGCUUUCUAACCCCUGUGCCACCUCGGGUAUCGCUUCUAUAACUAUGCCUGGUCUGUCCCAGUUGCUUAAAGGUCACCGUCGCGGUGAGCUGAGUGUCUGGACGGGUGCUACCGGUUCAGGGAAGACGACGAUAUUAUCUCAACUUUCAUUGGAUUAUUGUAUGCAGGGUGUAAGUACUCUUUGGGGUUCUUUCGAGAUAAAUAACGUUCGUUUGGCAAAGACGAUGUUACGUCAGUUCAGUGGUCGUAACCUUGAAACUUCCUUGGAAGAUUUUAACUACUACGCGGAUAAGUUCGCUGAGCUCCCUUUAAGGUUCAUGAAGUUCCAUGGAUCUACUUCGAUCGAUCAGGUGAUUGAUGCUAUGGAUUACGCUGUAUAUGUCCACGACGUGCGUCACAUUAUCAUUGACAAUUUACAAUUUAUGUUAAGUGGUCAAAACUCUCGUGUUGGUGAGUUAUGGGAGAUCCAGAAUAAAGCUAUAGAGAAGUUCCGUCGUUUCGCUACUAACAAGAACGUUCACGUUUCUCUAGUGGUUCAUCCACGUAAAGAGGCGGAUGGUACCCCCUUGGGUAUGUCCAGCGUGUUCGGUUCCGUGAAAUCCACCCAAGAGGCUGAUAACGUGUUGAUUUUACAGAGUGUGGUUGGUGAAAAUCGCAGUAUCGAUGUUAAGAAGAACCGUUUUGCUGGUAACUUAGGUCGUGUAACAUUUCGUUUCGAUCCUUUGAGUUUGACAGCUGAGGAGUUGAAAGUUACCGAGUUCGUCUUGGAAUCUGCGCCGGCUCCUGAGCCUGAAGGUAAAGUGACUACCAAAGCAUUUGAUAAGUUGCGACCUCCGGCACCUCGCCGUGCUACUACCACUCCACCUCGAAUGUCAUUUGAUUUACCUGAGAAACCGGUUGCUUUUGUUACAACUUCAUCAGGGUUUCUCGGUGGCCAGCUAGUCGGUGCUUCUGUAUCACAACCCGUAACGCGAACCAUGUCAACCUACCGUCUCAACAGUGUGAUGGAUGACGAGCGUAACCAAACAGGUUUCGUGCAUGAUUCUGAUCUUGAGGAGAAUGUAUUACAGGAUGGUUUUGCAUUAGGUGAUGAGGUUCCAUCUACGCAGGAUACAGUGAGAAAAGCGGAACCUGUAGUAUCUCAAGUUGAACCCGUUGCAAGCGAACCGUCGAUAGGUUCUGCUAGUACAACUACCGAACCCAAGCGUGGUCGUAAGGCUAAGGUGUCGGAUCCUCCUGAGGAAUAUGCUGAACGUAUUACCAUGCGUGGCAUCACUAUAACUCCAGGUUCUUCUAUAAAAGAGUACCGUGAGUUCAUCAAGGUGAACGGAUUGGGUGGUAUGGUAAAGACGGCUGGUAAGGGUGUAGUGAAAUCUGAAAUAUACGAAAAGAUCAAGAAUCACGUCCCUCCUUCAAGUGUCUUGAAAAAUGUAGAAUGUGAAACAUCACAUGGCAAAGAUAGUUCUAGCCAGAUUACUACUCAUUUUGGCAUCUCUACCGUUGCACCUUUAUUGACAUUGAGCGAGACAGAUGUUGGUAUAUAUGACAACUUGGAAGAUUACCGUGAGCGCGUACUUCGUCGAACAGGUCAAAAUGCAUUAAUGACCAAGAGUGUCACUGGGGCUUUGGGCACUGUUAAAUUGCCGGUAUACAAUUUAUCUGAGGGUAAUGAUGAUCUGCUAUCAAAAGGUUUGAUCUAUGUGACAGACGUUGAGAUGUUGGAACGGAUAGCUCCAUUAUUUGCCAAUACUAAGCUUUGUACAUUGGAUAUCGAGACUACUGGUUUGAAUCACCGUGAAGACCGUAUCCGUUUAUUGCAGAUAUCUACACCAGAUCAACCAUCGGUGGUGCUUGAUGUAUUUAAGUUAUCGAUAUCCACACUGAAGGAAUGUAGCUGGUUACGUUCAUUUUUGACCUCUUCCGCAGUCAAGGUGUUGCACAACGGUAAAUUCGAUAUAAACUUUUUAUCUUUCAACGGCUUGCCUGUGAAGGGUCCUAUAUUCGACACUAUGAUCGCGGCUAAGUUAUUGAGUGCAACUCGUUUCAAUUGGAGUUGUAAAUUAGGUCAUGUUGCUGAGCGUUAUUUGAAUAUAGCAUUGGAUAAAUCACAGCAAUUUUCAGAUUGGACUUUGGACCCAUUGUUUGAAGAGCAGGUUAUCUAUGCUUCUCGUGAUACCGCUGUUCUUUUGCCAUUAUAUUUCAUAUUACAGGAGAAAUUGAAAAGUGAGCGUCUGGACACUAUAGCUGCAAUCGAGAACAAAUGUGUUUUGGCCGUUUGUCAGAUGGAACAGAACGGUAUAAGGGUUGACCGUGUUAAAUUGGAAUCUCUUCAGCGUUCGUUGGACGAGGAGAAUUCCAUAGCUAUGGAACGUUUAGGUGAAGCUUUGGGCGUUUCUGGCAAUCCGAAUUUCAACUAUAAUUCACAGCGUCAGCUAUUGCAGGCGCUUCAACAGCAGAAGGUGAUGGACAAAUCUCGUCGUGCGUUGAUCCAGGAUACAUCUGAGCGUACACUUGCACGUAAUACCUAUCACCCUGCGAUCCAGGCUUUACGUGAGUACCGCAAGACUAACAAGGCUGUGACCGCUUUUACGGAAAAGAUACCGAACCAUAUAGAUCAAUCUACUGGUCGUAUUUAUCCGAAUAUCAAUCAGAUUGGCGCUGAAAGUGGUCGUUUUAGUUGUGACAAUCCUAACCUUCAGCAGAUCCCUCGUGACCGUCGUUUCCGUGAAUGUUUUGUUGCGGACCCCGGUCACAAGUUGGUUAUAGCAGACUUUUCGCAAAUCGAGUUGCGUAUUGCAGCUGAUAUUGCUGAAGACCGUCGUAUGAUCGAUGCUUAUAAUAGUGGCGAUGAUCUGCAUUCAUUGACCGCGAGUUUGGUGAAGGGUAAACCUAUAGUUGAGGUUACUAAGGAAGAGCGUCAAUUGGCUAAAGCAGUGAAUUUCGGUUUGAUUUUUGGUAUGUCGUUACAAGGUUUCCGUAACUAUGCCGAGAGUUGUUAUGGAGUGCAAUUGAGUGUGAGCGGGGCUCGUGAAAUCUACGACUCGUUUUUCCGUAACUAUAGUGGUAUUACAUCAUGGCAUGAGCGUAUGAAGAAUUUCAAGCCGAUGUCAGUUAGGACAUUGAGUAACCGUUUGUCUAUCUUUGACCAAUUUUCAUUUACGCGUUCACUGAACUACCCAGUUCAAGGUACAUCUGCUGAUAUAACGAAGGAGGCGAUGGCGUUAUUGGUUGAUCGUGUUGGUGAGUUUGGAGGUCGGAUGGUGCUGUGCAUCCAUGACGAGAUCAUAUUAGAGGUUCCUACGGAGCAUUCUGAAAGGGCGUUAUCUGUGUUGAUAGAGUGUAUGGAAUCUGCUGGUAACAAGUUUUUGCGUUACGUUCCUUGUAAGGCUGUGGGUUCUAUUGGCGAUAGCUGGGCUGACAAGUGA